UCAGGUGGCGCAAAGGGAGAUGUGACGAGUUCUUAAUAUUAAAGUCAUUAAUGUAUUUACAUGGCGAGAGGGAAAGGGACGGUCUGGCAUCAGGCUGGGAAAGAGGAUGGAAACAUUUUCAAGGGGUGAAUCUUAGACUAAAACGACAAGAAUGUAUUAGAUUACCAGAACCGACGCCUUGCCCGAGUCAAUAAAGAAAUAAAGAAAUAAUUGUUUAAUAAUAAGGCGGACGGACAGUGAUUGCGCUGAGUGGAUCCUUGAUUUCGUCUCUCUGAGGAGCGAAACAUUUUUCGGCUGCACGACUUGCUGAAGGUUUCUGCUGAAGAUGGAGUUUGGCGAGAGGAAGAGGAGAAGGAAAUCCCAGAGCUUUAAGCUGGUCACGGAUGAAGAAGAUUGCGACCCGUCGAUUGUGACAAAUGCCAGUUCCAAUGGGGAAACUAAGGUUGCUGCUGUGCCUGAUGUUUGGCUGCAGGGGGACGAGAGCGUGGGGAUCAAAAGGCAAAUCACAGGAAUGAUGAGACUUCUGAGUGAUAGGUCUGCCAGGGUUUAUCAACGUGUCGGAUCAGAGCAGAGCAGCUCAACAAAGGAGCCCAAAGAUAACCUGAACCAUACUCAGACUCGAGUUCCAUCUCCUGCGUCAGAGGACCUUCAGAGCAACAACUGGAGUUCUGCAGGGGACCCAGAUCCUUCAUCCUCAUCCACCUCCACUUUAGGCCAGUACAGCACCAGGUCCAGAACACUCAGGAUCCUCAACAGCUCAAAAGAACCAAACGAUGUGCUCCGUCCUGCCGUGCAAGAACUCCCCUGCUGUAUGUGCAACUGUAAGGGCACCUUACAGGCCAUCCUGCAGGAGCUGCGAGCCAUGAGGCGGCUGAUGCAGAAUCGGAAAGCAUCUUUUGACAGGCAGGAGCAGGCAGGACCACCAUGCCACCCUCACCUCAGUCCAGCUUCCACUCCUCGACGUCGUCCCCCCAAAAUAAGACCAGUCUAUAAAGUGACUCCACUAUCCAACACGAGGAGACUCAAUACUCCUCUGGGUGCAUCGGCACCUAAAACUGGUCCUACAGAGUCUGGGAGGAGGGAGGAUGGUGAGAAACUAGACUCGUCUCCACUCAACAUGCAUUCAGUUCCCUGUGAUGUUUCUGUUCUGCCUCCUCACAAUCCUCCCCUGAGCCAACCCAGGGAGCAUCAAGGGUCAGAGUCUGAAGUUCGUCUUGCAGAAGAUUUUGAUGUGUUCAUCUCAAAGGCCCAGCUGGACUCCAUUCUGGUUAACUAUACUCGCUCUGGAAGCCUGCUUUUUCGCAAACUGGUGUGUGCCUUUUUUGAUGAUGCCACUCUGGCGAACUCACUGCCAAACGGUAAAAGGAAACGAGGGCUCAAUGACAACCGGAAAGGCUUAGACCAGAACAUUGUUGGUGCCAUUAAAAUGUUUACAGAGAAAUACUGCACUGAGCACAGAAUAGAGAAGCUGCCUGGGCCUAGAGACUGGGUCCAGAUCCUUCAAGAUCAGAUCAAACUUGCCAGGAGGAGGCUGAAACGAGAUGCUGCAGAAACUGAGGAAAACUCAAAUAGACCAUCCACAAGCUGCGACUAUAGUAAGCCUGAUUGCACGGAACAGAACCUGAAGAACAUGUCGGGUUGAUUCAACAGCUGCCUCAAAUGGUUUUCAGCAAAUUUGUCGUCUUCAUUAAUUACUCUGACUUGACGCACUUCCUUUGUGACUGCAAUGUUGAAUGGAUAUAAAGGUAAAUAGGAGGGCCAAAGGAAAAAUAUGACUCAUCUGUUGGUCUUUGUAAUGAAAACAUACAGUGCACAAUGUGGGCAUAUUUUUGUUUUUCGGGGCUUUUUUAGCGGGCACAAAUAAACCUUGAAGACCUUGAAUUUUGCACCAGGGGACACUGAGCGAAUUAAAGAAGUGACUUAUUGUUUACAUUUUAGGCUGAAAAACCUCAAUUUUGCCUAUAAGUCUUAAGUGCUGUUUGAAUAAAAGUGUUCAUCCAGUAUUCAGAUGACAUCUUUACAUUUCCAUAGUGAAUAGUGCCUUUUUAAGUGACUUCAGUGGGUGUAAUGUGCAGUACAGCAGCCACCUUAUUUCCCAACAUUACUGAUGUAUUUUUGGUAUUUUUUAUAUUUAAAAAAUAGAUAAAUGAGCCCCACCUUAAUAAAAGCAAUCAAUCAUGGCUAUUAUUGGUUUUUCUAAAUAUUGAUUUUUUUAUCAUACACAAUAAUGCUCAAUUUUGUGAUUAAAUUAUGUAUUUUUCUUUAAAUAUUAUUAACUGUCCAUAUGGAAAUUUUAGCUGUAUCCACAAAUAAAUACAUCUCAACAAUU